UCUUGCGCAUGCUGUGUGUUUAAGGCUGUGUGUACUCAGAGGGGGGAGGUCUGAUACUGAAGAACUUCCGAGUUUUUAAACCUUCAGGUCUUUUGAGAGCGGUGAGAGUCCCGUCUUUGAACACUGCCCGAGGCGUUACUGAUGCUCGGACGCACCUGAAUAGCACGUCCGCACGAAGCCGCAGCAGCGAAUCCGGCGGCCAUGAGGCUCCUCAGCGCCCUGCUCUUCCUCCUCCUCCUCCUCCUCUGCGGGCCGCCGCGGGGGGCGGAGGCGAAGAAGGAGAGCGCCGACGAGACGCAGGCGGCCCGGCGCGGCCGGAACCGGGCUGUGCCGGGGUCCGGCGAGCUCACCAGCAAGGAGGGCCACCGGUGCGCGUGGGAGACGACGGGGGAGGGCGCGGUGUCGCUGCUGGUCAGCUGCAGCUACGGCGAGCUGGCCUACCAGUGCCGGUACGCGGGCCAGCCCGACCUGUGCCCCGCCUACGCCGCCCGCUCCAGCCAGUACUGGAAGCAGGUGGUGGGCAAGCUGAAGAAGAGGAGGAACGUCUGCGACGGCGAGAAGGUCCUGAAGACGCGCGUGUGCAAGAAGGCCCCCGCCGAGUCGCACAUGAGGCUGGCGGAGGAGGAGCGGGCGGAGGAGGCGACGCAGGCGCAGGCGAAGGAGGAGAAGAAGAAGAGGGGGAAAGGGGGAGGUGAGAAGAAGGCGGCAGGGAGCGAGGGAGCGGGGAAGGAGGAGGAGAAGCCGGCGGCAGCGGCGCUGGACGGCGUCGCGUUCGGGGAGGUGAACGACGGGAGCAUGGAGACUGAGCCGGCGGAGACCUACUGCGCGGAAGGGUGGCAGUCCUUCUGCUCCUUCUUCGUGAAGUUCGUCGACGGUUAACAGCACCGCUAACGAACACUGCCGUCCCCGAGCCGGGUUCGAAUCCACCUCCAGGUGUGAGUAAAUGUGGUUUGUAUAAAGAGGAAGUGAAGUCAACAGUGUAAUAAUUCCAGGAAGCGCAGAAAUACUGCUUGUAAUACUGUUAUGCCUUUCGGGCCAUUUCAUUACUAAACAAAAUGUAUUUUACUUUGAAAUGUGUCUGUUAACAACUGGUGGAAAGUAAGUACAUAUGUCAGAUUUAAUGGUGGUGCCUAACCCUAUUUGUAAUUUACUUAAUUUUUAAUGUUUUAAUGAAUGAAUAAAACAUAAAGUACAACAUUAAAAA